CAUAUUUUCUUCCCUUCCCUCCCCAUCCACCAUCCCACAGCAUCGCCCCUUCACCAAAGUCGCUAUGCCCGAAGGAACUAUGAAGGCGCUCGUCUACAGCGAGCCUACCAAGUUCGAGAUCAAGCAAGUUCCCAAGCCCAAGAUCGGCGACGAUGAUGUUCUACUUAAAGUCUCACUCUGUGGCGUAUGCGGGACUGAUCUACAUAUUCAUGAGGGCGAGUUUAUUGCCACCUUCCCUCUUAUCCCAGGACAUGAAGCCGUAGGCUCUGUCAUCGAGAUGGGCAAGAAUGUGAAGGGCUUCGAUGUUGGCGACCGUUGCGUCGCCGAUGUUGGUGUUACCUGCGACAACUGCUUUUACUGCCGUCGCGGUAACACAUUGUACUGCGAGAACUUCAAGGCUCGCGGCGUCUCCUCCGAAGGUGGUUUCGCAGAGUACAUUGCCUACCCGCAGCACAAGCUCUACAAGAUCAAGAACAUGACUGAUCAGCAGGCCACCCUCAUGGAGCCGGCGGCUUGUGCCCUGCAUGGGCUCGACAAGCUGAACCCUCCUGUCGGCAUCGAGGUCCUGCUGAUGGGUGCCGGUCCGACGGGCCUGAUCUUGGCUCAGCUGCUCAAGCUGAAUGGCGCGGUCCGCAUCGUCCUUGCUGCGAACAAAGGUAUCAAGAUGGACAUCGCGAAGAAUCUUGGCGUCGCCGAUGAGUACGUCGAGCUCGACAGGCAGAACCCGGAGGCGCAGUGGCAGAAACUGAAGGAGGACAACCCGUACGGCUUCGACGUGGUCGUCGAGGCCACCGGUGUCGAGAAGCUGGCCGAUGCUAGCAUCAACUAUGUCCGCCGCGGUGGUACGCUCAUGAUCUACGGCGUGUAUGAGAACAAGGCGCGCGUUCACUGGCCGCCGUCCAAGAUCUUCGGCGACGAGAUCAAGAUCAUCGGCUCGUUCUCCCAGACGUACUGCUUCCCGCGCACGGUCGCUUAUCUCGACUCGGGAAAGAUCAAGACCGAAGGCAUGGUCACCGAUGUCUUCAAACUUGAUGACUUCCAGGCCGCCCUUGACAAGAUGAACAGCAGGGGCGCACUCAAGAUCUGCAUCGAGCCCUGAGCCUGCAGAUCCGCGUUAGGUCUACUUACAUCGCGCCGCAAGUCGGACGUGGUGUUAGACCGCUAUAUAUGUGUAUCAUCGAGGGCACGAACCCUUUGUAAGCUAUACCUGUUCACUUAUUCGCUUCGUGUAUACCUUCCGAGAUGUUGUACAAUAGGCCUCAUAUCGCCCAAUGUCAUGUCACUCGCGCGCUUUCAUACCUC